AUGAAAUCUUUUUGUAAAAGUUGAAUAGAAGAAUUAAAUAUUAAUAUAGACAUACAACAAAAUAAUAUUAAACAAUUAUAUAAUCAAUACAUAGACAGUAACAAUGAAAUAAAUGCUCUAAAAGAAGAAUUGUCUGCUAUACAAGAACCUGCUUCUAUAGUAGGGGAAAUAGUAAAAGUUAUUAAUGAAAAACAAAUCUUAGUAAAAAUAUCAUCUUCAGGUCAAUACAUAGUAACAAAAGAUAAAAAUAUAAAUAUUAAAGAUUGUACUCCGAAUACUAGAUGUAUAUUAAAGAAUGAAUCCUAUAAAUUAUAUAAAUUAUUACCUACAAAAGUUGAUCCCUUAAUAGCUUCAAUGAAAGUUGAAAAAGAUAUAGAUGCAACUUAUGAUAUGAUAGGUGGUUUAGAUAGUCAAAUAAAAGAAAUUAUAGAAGUAGUAGAUAUUUUAGAUUCUGCUCUUCUUAGACCUGGAAGAAUAGAUAGAAAAAUAGAAUUUCCUAAUCCAGGUGCUAAAGAAAGAUUACAAAUACUUAAAAUUCAUUCAAGAAAAAUGAAUAUAGACUCAAAUGUAAACUUAGAAUCAAUAGCUGAAGAAUUAAAAGAUGUUUCAGGUGCAGAAUUAAAAGCUGUUUGUACAGAAGCAGGAAUGUUUGCUCUUAGAGAAAGUAGAGUACAUGUAGUUCAAGAAGAUUUUGAUAUGGCUACUGCAAAAAUAAUUCAACAAAAUAAAAAUAAAGAAAAUUUAUUGUGA